AUGGUCAAUGUAUGGAAAAGAAAGCCUUCCUCUUAUUCGUCUUCAUACUUUAACCGAUCCAUCCAUAUUUUUUUUUCAUCAAAUUUUACUCGUGCAAUUUUUGUUCGUCACUCAUUUGAACGUUUAGCAUCAGCUUAUAUUGAUAAAAUAGCUUCGCUUAAAAAUGAAUCGUUUUCAUUAUAUGAGAGUGUUCGUCGAGUAAUUUGUCGAAAAUAUUCUUUGUUUUAUUUAACAAUAGCUGAAAGACGUUUUUAUCGUAUUCAUAAACGCAUACCAAACACAGUAAAAGAAUCUUGUCAACAAAUAGUUACAAAAUUUGAACAUUUUAUUCGUUAUGUAAUGUCUAAUUCAUUACACGACGAUGUUCAUUGGUUACCUUAUUCAAAAUUAUGUCAUGUUUGUGCAUUUAAAUAUAAUUUUAUAGAAAAGUGUGAAACAAUGAAAGAAGAUAUUCAACGAUUCAAAUCAUAUCUUGGAUUAAAAUCAAUUAAUUUAAAUGAUGAAAAGUAUUUUUCAACGGGAAAAACAAAAGAAUAUUAUAAAUCAUUAUAUUCGAAUUUACAUAAUGAAUUAAUAUGUUAUUUGAAAUAUUUUUAUGAGGAUGAUUUUAAAUUAUUUGAUUAUCGAUUAGAAGAUUAUUUAACUAAUGAAAGAACUAUUCAAUGUUCUUCUUCACAUAAGCAAACAUUUAGAAAAAAAAUCUAG